AUGCUUCCAUUUCACUUUUUGUUGCUACUGUAUUAUUUACGCAUAUUUGCUGUUCUGUCAAUAUGUGCAAGUGGGUCUGCAUUGGCAGCUAAAACACCCCUCCUCCAUGGAAUUAGCGGCACACUUAAAGAUAUCCUUUCAGGUUCUGGUUUGGUUGCUGGUACAACUGUAUCCCCCACUAGGUCAGCUGAUCAGGGUCCCUCGCCGCGCCGUGGAUACGGUGACCUCGUCGGAGCAGUGUGCGGACGAGCCACAAGCCGACGUAGACGGUUGCUCCUGUCACGCACACCGGCUGGUUCUGUUCUAGCGAGCCGCCGGCGUCGUUGCCCAUCUUGA